UAGUCGGCCUUUCUCAGGCGCUCUUCUAGAGGAUAGCACGAUGCUCCAUUUGCAUUAGGUGUCAAGUAGGCCUGCUUGAGCGGCGUCUAGGUUCCUAUUUCUACCGCGUUUAGAGUUCGCGCGACAGGCGCGUGACGCUAUUUCGCGGGAGUAAGAUAAUAGCGCCCUCCUUUCUGGCCUUUUCUCCUGAACAGAGUAUAGCUACAGCAGCGAGCGAGCGAGCGAGCAAGCGAGCGGGUAACCAUGUUUUCGUCGUCGCAGUCGACGGCGGUGCAGCUGGUGGACAAGGCGACGAGCGACCUGCUGGCGAGCCCUGAUUGGACGCUCAACAUGCAGCUGUGCGACCUGCUCAACGCCAGCACCGGGCAAGUGAAGGACGUGGUGAGGGCGGUGAGGAAGCGCAUUGGCAGCAAGAACCGCAAGACGCAGCUGCUCGCGCUCACUCUCCUGGAAACCCUAAUCAAGAACUGCACGCCUUACGUGCACCGAGUGGUGGCGGAGAAGGACGUGCCGGCAGAGAUGGCCAAGAUCGCCAGGAAGAAGUGCGACGAGGAGGUGCGGGGGCGCAUCCUGGAGCUGCUGGACCUGUGGCAGGAGGCCUUUGGAGGAGCAGGUGGACGGCCGCCCCAGUUCUUCCUGGCGUAUGAUGAGCUCAAGCGCAUGGGCAUGCCCUUCCCCCCCCGCGACCCCAACAGAGUCGUGCCCGUGUUCACGCCGCCCCAGACCCAUCCCACCAUGAGCCACGGCGGCCCUCCCCAGAUGUACCCGCCCCAGUCAUACCCUCCCCAGACUUACCCGCCCCGUAUCCCCGUGGCCAUGGGGUACCCUGUUGGGAGUGGGGGGGGAGGGGAGGAGAUACCUCCGCAUUUGCUGCAAGAGACAACCGCAACCACAAUGACCGCUGCUGACCUGGUGAAUGCGCGCAGCACGGUGGAUCUGCUGGGGGAGAUGCUAGCGUCUGUGGACACCAACAACCCUGCUGCCGCCAGUGACGAGGUGAUCUCUGACCUGGUGGAGCAGACACGCACGCUGCAGCAGCAGCUUACAGCGGCACUCAACACAGCCACAGACGAGCAAUUCCUAUUUCAGGGCCUGGCGCUGAACGACGACAUGCAGAAGCACCUGGACAAGCACAGCAGCCUACUCGCCUCCUCGCUACACCGAGGGGGUGACGACUGCCACAGCGACAGCAGCAGCGGCGGCGCCUCUCCUCCCCGCUCUGGCGCCUAUCAAUCCCACCCUACUCAGGGUCCGACUGUGAAUCGCGGCCAGCAGUACGAUGAGUGGGCAGCAGGGGUGACGGCAGGGCUGCCCUUGGCUCGCUUUGAACCCGACCAGGCAGAAGAGGAGGCAGAUGCAGAGGGAGGACGGCCGCAUGGGGUGCAGCCCUCUGGUGCUGCUGCUGCAGGCCCAUCCACAUCCUCCCACCCUCCUGCUGCUGCAGGUCAAGCAAGCCAAGGAAGCGCACCAGGGCAAGCAGGGCAGCCGGCCCAUCAAUCCUUAGCAGCAGCACGAGCCGCCGCCGCAGCAGCAGCAGGUGCGCCUGCCACGGCCGUGUCCCCUCCGACGCAGGACCUGCUGAGCCUGGACCUCGUCCCCUCCAACGCCCCCCCUCCCCACCCCCACCCCUCCACCUUUGCUGCCAACACUCCCGGCUCCACUGCCGCCUCCCCCUUCGCCUCUCCCUUUGAUGAGCCGCCUUUCCAGGCCACCCCCGCAGGUCCGUCUCCUUCCGGUGGUGGUGGUGCACCACCGUAUGCGUUCAAUGGCUCCUUCCAGCAGCAGCAGCAGCAGCCACAGCAAGCGUAUGGGGGUGCAGGGGGGUAUGGAGGCAUUGGAGGGGGAAUGGGUGGUGGGAUGGGUGGUGGAAUGGGUGGGUAUGGUACAGGUGCAGUUGUGCCGGGAGGGCCAAACCAGCCUGCUUCGUAUGUCGUGCCUUGGGCUCGUGCCCCUCAAAGCGCCACCCCACAGCAGCAGCAGCAGCAGCAGCAGCAGCAGCAGCAGCAACAGCAGGGACCAGGGGGGGCUGCCUUGAGUCCGCAGCAACAAGCAAUGCUCUUUGGUGGUGGUAACCCCCCUCCUCUCAACCUGUCACAGCAGGGAGGGGGGCCCUCAGGUGGAGGGAUGGGUGCGGGCCCAAGCAUGUAUGGACCAAACCCCACGUACCCCUACCAUCAACAGCAGCAGCAGCAGAGGAGGGCAGGAGAAGUUAUGACAGGCCCUGCUGCUGACUAUGUUCACGGCCAAGUCUUUAGAGGCACAGGGUGAUUCGCUCUAGGGGUUUCAGAAAUGUGGUGAGGCCAGCAAGAAGUCGUUCGAUUUGAAGCGCACUCCAGUGCGAUGGGCUAUAUGGUUCGUGUGAUGGUCUGCUCACUCCAGUGCUGCAUCUAAUCAGGUAACUGAGGUUGUAGGGGAGUUGGGUUGGGCAGGCUUUUUUGUUUAAGGGUGCACGUGUUGCUGUUGCCGUAUGUUUUGCCAGUGCACAUUUAGCAUUUAGCAGGAACUUGACAGAUUAUGGGGUUGUUGGUUGCGUUCAAGCACAACCCACGGUAGAGGGUUCAGUUCUGGUACACUACACCAAGAGGAAUUUGUAGUACAGUAGAAGCCCGGAUAUUAGACCCCUAUGUCUUAUCAUAUACCUAGAUGAAAGACUGGAAAGUUGCUUAUAAAUGGAACAAAAUGAG